AUGUACGGAUUCGUGAAUUACGCUUUGGAGCUGCUCGUGUUGAAAACAUUUGGCGAAGAGACGUGGGAAAAAAUCAAAAAGGAUGCAGAGGUUACGAUGGAUGGUCAGUUUUUGGUCAGACAAAUUUAUGAUGACGAAAUUACAUACAAUCUGGUGUCGUCGGCCGCACAAAUUCUCGAACUGCCCGCGAGUAGCAUAUUAGAACUGUUCGGGAAGAUGUUUUUCGAGUUUUGCCAGGAUUCCGGUUACGAUAAAAUCCUACAGGUGCUUGGAGCCACACCCCGGGACUUUCUUCAAAAUCUGGACGCUUUGCACGAUCACUUGGGCACACUGUAUCCGGGCAUGAGAGCACCGUCUUUCCGGUGCACGGAAAGGACAGAGGACGGCGCGCUCGUCUUGCACUACUAUUCCGACCGUCCCGGGUUGGAGUACAUUGUCAUCGGCAUUGUGAAGACCGUCGCCAGAAAACUUCAUAACACCGAGGUGGAAGUUGAGAUAUUACAAACUAAAGAGGAAUGUGAUCAUGUGCAGUUCUUAAUAACCGAAAAGAAUACCACGGGUCAACGUCAGAGCGAUCAAACAGCCGAAGUCGAGACACUAUCGCAAGAACCGAAAAUUAGUCCGGCCACGUUUUGCCAUGUGUUCCCAUUCCAUCUGAUGUUCGACAGAGACUUGAACGUCCUUCAAACCGGUUGCACGAUCACCAGAGUAAUACCCAUGGUACAAGGGCCAGAACCAUGCAAAUUAACACAAAUCUUAUACCCCGUAAGACCUCAUUUGGAAUUGACAUUCGACAACAUUCUAGCGCACAUAAACACCGUGUACGUUCUGAACACAAAACCGGGAAUUAUGAACGGCGACUCCAACGACGGUUGUUCGAUAUCUCUGCGUCUCAAAGGCCAGAUGCUGUAUGUGCCGGAAACGGAUCUAAUGUUGUUUUUGUGUUACCCGAGUGUCGUGAAUCUGGACGAUCUGACAAAACGGGGCCUGUACAUCAGCGAUAUACCUUUGCACGAUGCCACUAGGGAUUUGGUGUUGAUGUCAGAACAAUUCGAAGCCGAUUUCAAACUGACCAUGGAUUUGGAAUUUUUAACCGACAAGCUCCAACAGACUUAUAGGGAGCUGGAGAGCGAAAAACAAAAAACCGACAGGCUGCUGUACUCGGUGCUGCCGAUCAGCGUGGCGACAGAGCUGCGGCACAAGCGACCGGUUCCGCCGAAAAGGUUCGAGUGCGUGACACUGCUGUUUUCCGGCAUAGUCGGCUUCAGCGACUAUUGUGCCGGUCACGCGGACUCGAAAGGCGCCAUGAAAAUCGUCAGGAUGCUCAACCAGCUCUACACGGCUUUCGACGUGCUCACCGACCCGAAGAAAAACCCAAACGUCUACAAGGUGGAGACUGUCGGCGACAAGUACAUGGCGGUAAGCGGACUUCCUGAACCUUGCGAAGAGCAUGUCCGGUGCAUUGCUCGGCUGGCUUUGGAUAUGAUGGACCUCAGUCAUACGGUCGUAGUGGACGGUGUGCCCGUUCGCCUAACCAUAGGCAUACACAGCGGCGAAGUGGUAACCGGAGUGAUUGGUCACCGGAUGCCCCGGUAUUGUUUAUUCGGUAACACAGUAAACCUAACCAGCAGGACCGAAACCACGGGCAUACCGGGAAAAAUCAACGUCUCAGAAAACGCAUACAAGUAA